AUGCUCCUCACUCACUUCUUCCCCCGAAACGAAACAUUCAGCUACGAAGCCCUGCGCGCCGCCGGGUAUUCCAACUAUGCCGGGGCGGAUCUCAGCGAAGUGAUUGUGAUCUGCUCGCGUAUCCGCGCAGGAAACGAGGGUGACUGGGUCCGAGAGUGGCAAACAGCCGCAGACCGAGCGGUGCGUAACGCUCAGGAAUGCGUAACCGAAGGGAAUACCGUCAGCGCUCACGAGGCAUACCUCCGAGCUUCAAACUACUAUCGUACUGCAGAGUUUUUCCGUCGUCAGGAUCCAUUUAAUGACGAGAUUUCACGCACUCUGUCUGAGAGGUCUGUGGAUGCGUUUAUCAAGGCGAUGCAGUACAGCUCUUCUUCCACUUGUGAGGCGAUUACCAUCCCCUAUGAAGACACAACCCUCCCCGGGUACUUUAUGCAGCCCUUGACCCAGGAAGAGCAACGGCCGCGGAAGACUCUCGUGUUCAAUGGGGGGUUCGACUCGACGAAGGAAGAGGCAUGGUUUGCUAUUGCGGCAGCUGCUUUAGCAAGAGGAUAUAACGUGCUGGCGUUCGAUGGCCCGGGGCAGGGAACGGCGCUGAGAUCCCAGCGUCUAUUCUUUCGCGCAGACUGGGAGAACGUCCUGACACCUGUCAUGGACUAUGUGUACAGCCGCAGAGAAGUGGACAUCAACGCCGUGGUGAUCUUUGGCUGGAGUAUGGGCGGAUACUUGGUUGCGCGAGCUGCCACGUCUGAGCAUCGCGCGCGCGCUCUGAUCCUCAAUGAUGGUGUAUAUGACUUCGGGGCAGUGUUUACCAAGGAUCAGCCAUGGAUUUUGCAGAAGCUUUUGGACAUGGGAUAUGACUCUGCUGUGAAUAUGUUGGUCCGGGCAGCAACGAAUGCAACAACGGGUAUGCGGUGGGGCAUACUCAAUGGAAAAUGGACGCUUGGUGCGGAAUCAGAAGCUGAUCUUAUGAGGAAGGUCACAGAGUACACGUUAGAAGGGAGGAUUGAGAAGAUUACCACUCCAUGUCUCGUUCUGGAGGCCCAGAAUGAUCAUUUUUUUAAAGGACAACCCCAGAUGGUUCGGGAUAGGCUUCGUUGUGAGAUGGAAUAUGUCUCCCUUGGGCCUGAGGAGGGCGCGGAUUCUCAUUGUCACCAGGGGGCAUUUGGAAGAUUGAAUCAGGUUAUGUUUAACUAUCUUGAACAACGCCUUCACACUGAAUGA